UUAGGGCUAACUUAAGUAAUUUUCCCCAGACCAGGCGCCGCACCAUUCUCGUCCUCCUCCGCACUCACUGCUUUUUGGUCUGGUCAUCAAUUCUCAUUGUCAAUCCUCUCUUCGGUUGGUCUUCAAGCUCCUCUUCCAAGAUGAGUCCUCGUCACGACAUCACCAGUGUUUAUCAACCUGCAGUGGCAGUGUGGCUCAAUCAAACAAUUACUCAGUCCUUUCCGCUCUUCUCUCUCGAAUCGUUAUUCUAACUGCCGCCGGCUUGGAGAGGGUCUCUCGCUCUCCUUCUCCUUCUCCUUCUCCAAUCCACGGUGAUGACUACUCAAAGGAAGAAUAUAUGUGUAAAUGAGUCAUACGAUUGUAAUCUUGAAGAAUGGUUGAUUAAACACAACACUGAUGUUAGGUGGUCAAGCAAGCACCACACAUGGAAUUUGGAUCCUGUUAAAGCAUCUAUUAAUUGGAACUUAGAAUGGCCCACAUUAGAUACGGUGCAAUUGGUGCAGGGCAUGAUAACAUCUAUCAUAGAAUUUCAUGAUAAGAAUGGAAUUCACAGUUAUCUUCAUAAUGAUAAGAACUUUUUGUUGAAAUUUGGAAUGAAAUGCUAUUUAGGUGCACAUGUGAGAAACAUCGUUAAAGUUUUUAUUGUGCAUGAUGAUAAGUCAGAGAAAAAGAAUGGUGAUUUGAAAGAGAAAUCAAAAAAUGCUGAUGUGACUGAGUUGGCUAGCAUGAUUUGUCAUACCAUACUUGGUAAAGAGAUAAAAGAGCUACAUUCUAAUUGGAUUAACCCAACUGACAGCGUUAAUAUGCUAUACAUGACUGAUAGACAUAAAAAUGUUAUUCCAGUGGAAUUCGUGAAGAAUCAUCCAGCAUUGUGGCCAUGGCGAAAAAGAUUCAUGUUUUAUGAGAAAUGUUGGGUUCGAGCUAGACAUGCGACGGCUCACAUGCACAAAUAUAAUAGAAAAAGAGAUUACAUCCACAAGUGGGUUAGAAAUAUUGCAAUUAAUAUUAAAUUUGUUUACUGGUCUUCUAAUAUUGCUAUCGGUACACCGAUGCGACGACUUUUUAAUGAUAUGUAUGGGCGGUCUAGAAUAAAAACAGAUAAUGGCUAUGAUCUUCUUUACUUUUACAGGGUUUUUCAUCAUUACUACUGUGAUCAAGAUAAGUCGCAAAAUCUCAUUGUACAUCAAACUGAUAGCAAGGAUUAUAAGGACAAAGAAUUUAUCGAAAUUGUAACGAUACAGUAUUUUCCAUUGUUUUUUGUAUAUGAUUUAUUUUUUUAGGUAUGUGCUUCUAGAAUUUAAUAAGCUAUUAUUUCUUUUUGUAAUUAGAAUUUAUUAUAUUAAUGUAUCUUUUUGUGCAAUUUCCUUUUAUCUGGUGUAGGAAGCGUAGGAGGAGGCAACCAUUUUUCUGUUGCAGGAAGUGUCAGGACACCAGAUAAAAGGAAAUUGUCCUACGACAGAAAAAUGGUUCUCCUCCUACACUUCCUACACCAGAUAAAAGGAAAUUGCACAAAAAGAUACAUUAAUAUAAUAAAUUCUAAUUACAAAAAGAAAUAAUAGCUUAUUAAAUUCUAGAAGCACAUACUUAAAAAAAUAAAUCAUACGUGUCUAAUGUUUUGUAUAUGGUCACAAAAAAUAAUGGAAAAUACUGUGUUGUUACAAUUUCGAUAAAUUCUUUGUCCUUAUAAUCCUUGCUAUCAGUUUGAUGUACAAUGAGAUUUUGCGACCUAUCUUGAUCAUAGUAGUGAUGAUGAAAAACCCUGAGAAAAUGAAAGAGAUCAUAGUCAUUAU